GGCAUGGAGCGUAGCAGGCGAACCUUGGUCGUCCUGUUCCUAUUCCUCGUGGAGUCAGCUCUCCUUCCAGCCCAAUGCCAGGUGCUCAGAACCAAUCACCCUCCGCCCUUCAACUUCAGCAGCGGUAUCGUGCGGCUCAUAAUCAAAUCGUACACCGAUGAGCUCAUCCGGGACCUGGGCGACAGCCCCGCGCUGAGGCUGAGCGAGUCGCAGGCCGAAGUCGUGCGCCAGCGGCUGGGUCGCCUCUACGAGCACGUGCGCCGCCACCCGGCUCUCCACCAGCGCUACCUGUGGGUGGGACGGGACAGGCCCCGGGCCAGCCCCGACGAGCCGCCUGCCGGAUACGAGCCCCCUUCGACGGUGAGCAAGCGUGGCGACAGCGGCAGCCGCCAGCAGCGGUCCUCCCCCCCACGGAUGCCCGAGGGCGGCGAGCGUGGCAGCGUGCGGGGCGUGAAGAGGACCCCUCCGGAGACGCCGAUAACGGCCCUGUCGGAGGAGAUAUGCCGCACGAGCACCGCCUGGGAGAGGCUCAACGAGACGGUCGACUCGUUCGGCAACGCCGUGGAGGUGGUCCAGGACGAGGCCUUUCCCCAGUGGGUCUUCUCGUACCGCUGCGCCACGCAGGGCACGCCCUGCGUCGGUAUUGACGCCAUGUACAACAGCGAAUGCACGGAGCGAUCGGGCUUCAUGAUCCUGUACCACCGGAAGAGUGGCGCCGACAGCGACAGCCUGCCAGCGUGGGGCGCGGUUGAGGUGCCGCAUCACUGCACCUGCAAGAUCACCCCCAAGGUGAUCACCGAGUCCUGAGCCGUCCGCUGGACCCGCCCGAAGCUGCCGAACGGAGACGAGGAUUUUCCACAGUGAAGAGUAGCAAGCUUCCGGGAGGCGCGCACAACAACACAAUGAAGACUGCAGACCAGAAGCCUAC